AUGUAUCAAGAAAAAGUUCCAACUGUAAUUAUUAUCGGUGCAGGUCCAGGAGGGCUUACUCUUUAUCAUUCUUUGAUAAAAAAUAAAGAUAAAAAAGAAUUCAAUGUAAAGAUUUUUGAACGAGAAUCUGGUCCUAAAGAUCGAUGGCAAGGUUAUCAUGUAGGAUUUACAUCUCAUGGAUUUCGAUCACUUAUGAAUUGUAUUCCAUCCUCAGUCGCUUUGAACCUUCCAAAAGCAAUUCCAAACCCAGUUCCUGAUGUAGAACAUCAUGGAGUUUCAGCUAAUGAUCACGAGGGAAAUCUUUUAUUAAGACCCCCAUUUAAACAAUUUAAAAAUAUUUAUGAAAUCGCAGAAACUCCCGAUCGUUUUCUAUCAAUGACUGUUGCUUAUCGUGAUAGACUUAGAGAUGUUUUAUUAGAAAAUGUUCCAGUUCAAUGGGGUAAAAAGCUUGUCAGAUAUGUAGAAACUAACGAAGGUGUUUGGGUAAAUUUCGAGGACGGUUCACAAGAAUUUUGUGACAUUUUAGUUGAUGCAAGUGGAGUUAAUUCUCCAGUUCGAAAGCAAAAAUUACCGGAAUUACAAAUUAACGAUAUUGGAGCAACUUAUGUUGUUGCAAAUAUCGUUGUGCCUAAACAUCUAAUGGACAGGCUAACUAAAACUAGUGGAAAUAGUUUAGUUCAAAAAACACUUGGAUUAAAUGGAGAUGCAACACUCAUUGCAUUUCGUUUAAUUUCAAUUGAACAAGAACAAAAUUACGAGAAUAAAAACAAUUCUGAUGAACUUCAUUAUAGAACAACAAUAGCAUAUUUCUAUUCCAGUGAAUUAGAUAAUGAUGAAACUGAAAAAAUUAAAGUUGAUGAUAAUAAUCCUGCAUCAGUUGUUGAACAUGUUAAAAAUAUGAUUCGAAAAUUAAGGCCAGAGAAUGAAAUGACAGAUAUUUUAUUAGAACUAUGGGAUUUAGCUCCUAAAGCAGUUCCAAAAGAGUCAGAAAAUUAUCCAUUUAAAACUUAUAAUCCAAUACAACGAAGACAAAUACGAGAUAUCAAUCCAUUAACUAUUAAUUCGUGGACAAGUAGCCGAGUUACAUUAAUUGGAGAUGCAGCACAUGCUAUGAGUCCUUUAUUAGGAUUAGGAACAACACAUGCUAUUCAAGAUGCUGAAGCUCUUUCUCAAGCGUUACUUAACUAUUCCCCGGAGAAUUAUAUUUCUUGUAUUAAAGAAUAUGAAAAUAAAAUGUUAAAACGAGCACCUGUUGAUGUGUUAAAAUCUAGAGACGCUACAAUAAAUCACAUUACACCAGUUGGAUAUUUUGGUCUUAUUAUUAGAAAUAGUGUACUAAAGACUACAAACUUUUUAAUGAAAGUUCGUGAUUUAGUUAUGAAUAUUAUUUAA